UUGUCAUUACUUUUGCAAGUAGAGGUAUAAUAUUGAUAUCGGAUUGGAUAUUAGUAUUUGCAUGUCAACUCUUUUUUUUCUGUUUCUAAUUAGCUAAAAUUUAAAUUAAUUAUAAUCCAUGGGCGAUAUGGCACAACAAAUAAACGAACUGGAGCUGAUGUUUGAAAGAGCAACAUCGCCGUCAAAUUUAGAACCAGAUCUGCUGGCCAUAGAUACGAUCGUGAAAAUAAUUCAAACCGAUAAGCAUUUAUCGUCGUUCGCCGCUCAGAAGAUUAAAGACAAAGUCAAUUCCACCAAUCCGAAAGUGGUUCUACUGUCAUUAGACAUUUUAGACGAAUGCAUGACCAAGUGCACCAAUGUGCACGGCGAAGUUGGCAAAUUUAAGUUUCUCAACGAACUGAUCAAACUAGUGUCACCAAAGUAUAAGGGCGAUGAAACAUCCAAGGACAUUCAGUGUAAAAUUUUGGACUUGCUGCUGAUCUGGACGAUUCAAUAUCCACAAGAGCAUAAAAUCAAAGAGGCCUACGAUAUGUUAAUUAAACAAGGCGUUGUCCAUGAACCGCCGAAGAGUACUCGAACUGAAAAAACAAAACCCCUUCCGUCGGACUUCGAUUCCAUUCCACAGAAACUACUGCUGAGCACGAAUCCUCGGGAUAUACAGGUUGCGAAUCUGAUGAUCAAGUCAAUGAUGGAAAAUAAAAGCCGCAGUGCUGAAAUCAAAUUAAGGCGUGGCCUCGAAUUGAAAAAAGCUAUGGACAAUGCUUCCCUGCUGAACGACAUGCUGAACAACUUUAAACUUAAUGAAACUACAGAGGACGAAUUGGUCACAAUUAGGGAGUUGUAUACGUCGUGUAACAAUUUACUUCCGACAAUAUCUAGGCUGGCCGAGGAUGUUCAUAAUAACGAACUGUUAGGUGAGGCGCUUAAAGUCAACGACUGCUUAUUGGAUAUAACAAAACGUUACAACGAUGUUGUCAACAAUACAGGACCAAAGUGGCCAAAGUGGCUCGGUACCUCGACCACUCCACAAAGCUCAAAUCCAUCAAGCGCUGAUCUGCUAACAAAUAACAAAUUCCCAAAAACAUCGACGUCAACACAAGCAGCCACUACCCUAGAUGAACUGAAUGAAAUUUUUUCUAGUCAUUCCACACCAACACCGCUACCGUUCGACGUAACAGACGUGUUGAAACCAAUUUCGGUUCAAGCUGGUGUUCCUGCGCAGUCAGAAUCAAUUAGCAGCAUCUUUGAACCGCUGAAACCGAAACCUCUGCAGCUGAUAGAUGACAUCAGUGAAGAUCUGUUCAAGGAAGUGUUGAGCACUGACGAACGACAAGGAUCGUUUAACAAGGCAGCCGAUAAGACGCCACUAAAUGCACUAGUAAAUGCGAAACAGUCACCAAUAAGGAAUUUUGCCGAUCUGGAUUCGAUAGUAAGCAACCUAAAAACAAAUUUAACAUGUGGCAGUGAAAGCAAUCACUCCAAGCCUUGUGAUGACGACGAAAUGAUUGAAAUUGCACCAUCCGACGAUAACCUACUGUUGACCGCUACUGUGUCCGAUGUGAUAGAUGCACAACAGUUGUUAACUGCAUCGAGAGAUACCGACACUGCACUGCAACAAGACUUAAAAAUCGGCGGCGAACUAGCGGAUCGUCCAUUAUCCAAUUUUAAUAUUGAAAUUGAUUCAAUUACGCCGGGCGACAGUCCUCCCCGGGUCAUAAUGAAGGAAACAGCUGGACUAGAGAUUACGUUAUAUUUUACUAAAGAUCGUCCCCGCGAUGAUAUUUCUGUGAUAGUUAUAACGACAACCAAUCAUAAUUCGAUUUCUGUGAAGGACUAUCAAUUCGAUGCCAGUGUUUCGAAGCCAUGCAAGUUACGGCUCCAACCAGCGUCCGACACAAAUCUUCCAGGAAUUCUACCGUUUCGUCCGCCAACGAAAGAAAUCACGCAGAUAAUGCUGCUAUCAAACAAGACCGGUGUCUCGCCGAAAAUUACUUGCAUAGUUAGCUACUGUCUGGAAAACGAUCCGGAUCCAGUGAAAGAGUCUAUCACCAUCACCGAUCUACCGAAUUGAAAUGAGAGAAAGUACUUGGAAACAAUGGAAACUAAAAUUCCGGGCAUUUUAAGAUGAAAGUAUUGUAACUGUAGCAUACAUGUUGCGCAUGUUGUCAAACAAUUAACAAACAAACAAACAAAAACUAAGAAAAUUUAAAACAAA